GGGCAGCGCGGCGGGGCGGAGCCUAGCGGACAGUUGACUCAGCCAUAGGCUGCGUGUUCCUCUUGUGAUAGGCGUCAUGGUGACGAUUCCAGGCAACCCGGGGACUGGAGAAUAAGGCGGACCGGGCCGGGAGGUGAGAGCAGAGCGCAGAGCGGUUGGGUACGAGGAAAGGGGAAAGCUAUUUCCUGUGACACCGGCUGCUCGUGGAGAGGGGCUUCCAACACAGACGAAUCUCACCAUCCCAUGAACACACAAGAAAACGAGCAAGAGGGGUGCAGCACCGGACCCGAGUCUGUCCUGCGGCUGCGCAAAGGACACAUGCCAGUCACUUCUGAGGACACAGACUCUCAGCAUGAACAGUUCGACCACUUGUGCCCCCUCUUGGCGGACCCCCCUCCGUGUCCUGCACAAGAUAAUAAUGUAGAGGAGAAUGAAAGUACUGAAGAACCGGCUCAGGAAGAUGAAGGCUUUAUGGGAAUGGCCCCUCUCCUUCAAGCCCACCAUGCCAUGGAACGGGUAGAAGAAUUCGUCUGCAAGGUAUGGGAAGGAAGAUGGAGAGUCAUACCACACGACGUGCUGCCCGACUGGCUAAAGGACAAUGACUACCUGCUGCACGGCCACCGGCCCCCCAUGCCUUCCUUCAGAGCGUGCUUCAAGAGCAUCUUCAGGAUACACACGGAGACGGGCAACAUCUGGACCCACCUGCUAGGCUGUGUGUUUUUCCUAUGUCUGGGGAUCUUCUACAUGUUCCGGCCCAACAUGGCGUUUAUAGCGCCGGUGCAGGAGAAGGUGGUGUUUGGGAUGUUCUUCUUGGGCGCAAUCCUGUGUCUGUCCUUCUCCUGGCUCUUCCACACGGUGUACUGUCACUCAGAGGGGGUCUCGCGGGUCUUCUCCAAGUUGGACUACUCGGGCAUCGCCCUUCUCAUCAUGGGCAGCUUUGUUCCCUGGCUCUACUACUCCUUCUACUGUAACCCGCAGCCGUGCUUCAUCUACCUGAUCAUCAUCUGCGUGCUGGGCAUAGCAGCCAUUAUUGUAUCCCAAUGGGACCUCUUUGCCACCCCCCAGUACAGAGGAGUCAGAGCAGGUGUGUUUGUGGGCCUCGGCCUGAGCGGAAUCAUCCCCACCCUUCACUUUGUCAUCGCGGAAGGUUUCCUGAAGGCAGCGACCAUGGGUCAGAUCGGGUGGCUGGUACUGAUGGCCAGCUUGUACAUCACCGGGGCUGCACUAUACGCUGCACGGAUCCCGGAACGCUUCUUCCCUGGAAAGUGUGACAUUUGGUUCCACUCCCAUCAGCUGUUUCACAUCUUCGUGGUCGCCGGAGCUUUCGUUCACUUUCACGGCGUGUCCAACCUCCAGGAAGUCCGCUUCACAGUGGGCGGGGGCUGCGCAGCUCAGGAAGUGCUGUAAAAAUCACCUUUCCCUCCAGCACGGGAGAAUACAGCACGUUCCAACAGCGACUGCCACAACGGGGUGGGGGGGGGGGCUGGGAAGCGGCAAAAGGAAACCUUCCCUAGCGUCUGAUUUGAGGUGGAACAACAACAAAAAAAGGGACAGUAAAAACCCACAAAUCCCCGGACUGUGGAACUAAACCAGCUUACCUCAACCAUUUAAUACCAAGUGUAUGGAGUUAUUUAUUCCAGGGGCGGAGUCACACCUUUCAUACUUCUGGUUCUGCGGUGGAUUGGGUGGGGGGGGGGGUGUUGUUCACUCCGGCACGGAUGUGGUUUAAUUACUUUGCUACUCGAGUCUCCUACAGACGCCCCCAAGCUGCAGGUCUCCAGUAGGCUCUAUUUAUUUUUCUAGCUCUUCGUUCUUUUCUGGAGGGGGGGGGGCGGGGCAUUGUUAUUAUCUAGGUUACUUCCCCUUUAACUCUGGUGAGAGUCACUAUUCAGGGUUUAUUUUUGCCCUCCAUUAUUUUGCAGUGGGGGUGGGGGUGGGGGGGGGGGGGGGGGGUCACAGACAGAACCUACAGGUCUAAGAAGGAAGCGGUCGGUAGGGUCUGGUGUAAAUAGCGACGAAAAAGAAACUUUAUAUUAUUCUCUUUUAAAACUAAAAAAAAAAAAAAGAAUUUCUAUACGUUUUUGAAAAAAAAAUGUGGGGGAAAAAAAAAGUCACGAAACCUUAGAAAAAAAAAAAAAUAAAUCACGUUAAAAUUCUCCCCGUAUCCCCGCGGCUCAGCGCCGUCACACAGUUGGUCUAAGGCGGAAUGUUUUGCACAAGCGUGAAGGGGUUAAUGAUACGAGUGAUCGGUGUCCAUUCAAAGCACAGCCUGGGAGUCUGGGAAAAUGCCCCCCCCCCCCGCUAAUAAGAAAUGAGGGGGGCCCGAGCCUCAACAACCCCCCCCCAGGGCAAUGUGUAUGUUUGCUAUACUUUAUUGUUGCUCAUAGCAGCCAAUCAGAUGCUUUACUUUGGUUUGGAGAUCUAAUUGCUGAUUGGUUGCCAUGGGCAACUUUACUCCACUUUUGACACAGCAUGGUGUUUUAAUUACCCCCCAAAAAAGGGGGGGGCAUGGUUUCCUACUUGUAUCACCCUUGAAAGUACAAACCAUCAUUAAGGUGGGGGGGGGGGUUGUUUUCCAGAAAUGGUCCUCCAAAAUUGAAGUAUUUUUUUUUGGGGGGGGGGGGGGGCGGUGCAAUGAAGGCCAUUGGAAGACUGGGAGCAUAGAAAAUACCCAACGUAUUAACCUUCCAAUGGCAACGGCGAAUCGGAAUGUGGCAAAUAACAAGAAUGGACCGUUCCAUUACUGAUAGGGGGGAGGUAGAUCUGGUUUUAUAUAUUGUGUAUUAUGUUCUCCCCAUCAGGUUUAAUUGACGUACACAGUGGGUAGGGGGCGGGGCUUACAAAGCCCUCUGCCAAUGAAAGUAGAGGUUAAUGACUUGACUGGUUCCCCCCCCCCCCCCCCCACCAACACACUAUUCUGGGAUAUUGUUCAGGGCAGCACUGCCCAAUUGCCUUAUAUAAUCUCAGUUGUACCAGGGGAGGGGGCGUGGCCAGUGUGUACCCACCCCCGCUUAUACCGUAGCUUGUUAUACGCUCCCCUGCUUCGACCCUCAGUCAAUAGUGGCCUUGGUUAAUGGUUAUUCUUUUUCUCUUGUUUACUGUGAGAAGCAGCAAAGCACAUUUGGGGGGGGGGGGGGGGGGGGUGACGACAUGUCUGUUUAACGCUAUAGCGAUUUAUGGAGGUGUAAUUCCCAUCUCCGGCUUGUAUUCACAAUUCUCUUAAUAAACAAAACCGUUUCAA